UCUGUUCAGCUUUUAUGAAUUGAAGGGUAGUUUUAAUUUCAUGCAAAGUUCAGUUCUUGAUUAAUGUUAAGUUGUAUAUGAUUGAUUUAGUUUUGCAUAUCUGUUGGUUAAAUUUUGGAUUUUGGAAUGAUUAUUUGAUGUUGAAUGGGGAUACAAACUAUGGGAUCUGAAGCUGAUGGUACUGGUAAUAAUGGCAAAGAGACUCAGUUACAGCGUUUAGGAAGAAACAACUCUAUGUACAGUCUAACUCUGGAUGAAGUUCAAAGUCAGUUAGGUGACCUUGGGAAGCCUUUGAGCAGCAUGAAUCUCGACGAGCUUCUCAAGAACGUAUUCACCGCGGAAUCUGCUCUGCAGCGUCAGGGGAGUAAUCUGUCGUUAACUGAUUCUCUUAGCAGCAAGACGGUUGAUGAGGUUUGGAGAGACAUUCAGCAAACCAAAAUUAACGAGCAAAGUAAGCCGACGUUGGGAGAGAUGACUUUGGAGGAUUUCUUAGUUAAAGCAGGGGUUGUUGGGGUUGAUCCAGAUCAGCUUGCGCCACAAACCCAAUGGAUGCAGCAAUAUCAACAUCCACAGCAAGCUAUGAUGGGUGUUUAUAUGUCCCAACCCAUGCCACACCCUCAUCAUAUGUACCCUGAGAAUCAGUUGUCUACAUCUAUGGGGAUAUUAUCCGAUGUACAUAACCCUGCCCCUGCCCCGGUGCAUAUAGUUGAGAAGACAGUUGAAAGAAGGCAGAAAAGGAUGAUCAAGAACCGUGAAUCUGCCGCUCGUUCACGCGCGCGCAAGCAGGCAUACACAAAUGAGCUUGAGAACAAAGUGUCUCGUCUGGAAGAGGAAAACGAGAGGCUUAGGAAACGCAAGGAUUUGGAAAAGAUGCUGCCUUGUGUUCCCCUCCCUGAACCAAAAUACCAACUUCGCAGAACGGCGUCAGCCCCAUUCUAGCAUCCACAUAUAUGUUAUCUGCGCUGAAGUCGUGGAAGUUUUGUAAAUGUAACGCAUUUGAUUUUUUGCUUUACGGAGAAAAGGUUGGUUACGCUUAAGUUAUAUUGAGCUCUUUUAGAGGCAGCUCAUUGUCAGUUCUUGUGAAAAGUAUAGUUUAGCAAGUUUUCAUGUUACAUUUGUAGUUUUCGUUAAAUGCUGCUAAGAAUUUCCUUUUCUGACCGAUAGUUUUUAUAUGUUGUUCACCUUCUAGCAGCUAUGCCAUUUUUGUUCUUUUCAGCCUGACAAGUUACUUUUGUUAGAGAUGUAAAUAAAUUCUAUAUUAAAUAAUAUUAAAAAAUUAAGUGAUUUAUAAAUA